GCGGGCGGCCUGCACCUGUUGCUUUCCCCGGCUGUAGCCGAGAGAAGGCCGUGGUGUCAAGGCUGGCUUAUCGUCAGAUGCUUUCAAAAGCAUUUUCGAGUUAUAACCGGUGGUGUCAUUUUCCUACAGGAUAACAGGCUCUCCAUUUGGUCUGUUGGAGAUCUUGGAAAUGUGGGCCUCAAUGGUGAAUAUCAAGGAGAACCUCAGCUGCUGUGUGACAUUAGGCACAAUGGUGAUGUUAUGGACAUGCAGUUUUUGGAUCAAGAGAGAAUCGUGGUUGCCUCAUCAACAGGAACUGUAACUGUAUUCCGUUAUCAUCAAAAUAACCAGACUUUAUCUGCCAACCGGCGGUGGGAGAAAGCCCAUUAUCAUGUGGAUCAAGACACAUCUUGUGGUGGAGCAGCAUGUACCGGAGUCAUCUGCAACAACCCAGAAAUUGUUACUGUUGGAGAAGAUGGUAGAAUAAAUCUCUUCAGAGCUGACCAAAAGGAUGCAGUAAGAACUAUAGACAACGCAGACAGCAGUACUCUCCAUGCAGUGACUUUCCUUCGCACAACCGAGAUCUUGACAGUCAAUUCAAUUGGACAGUUAAAAAUAUGGGACUUCAGACAGCAAAGAAAUGAGCCAUCUCAAAUAUUUUCUUUGACAGGUGACAGAGUUCCACUGCACUGUGUGGACAGGCAUCCCAAUCAGCAGCAUAUUGUGGCCACAGGGGGCCAGGAUGGGAUGCUGAGUAUAUGGGACAUCAGGCAUGGUACUAUGCCAGUGUCCCUGCUAAAUGCUCAUGAAGCAGAAAUGUGGGAAGUUCACUUCCAUCCCUCCAACCCUGAUCACUUAUUUACGUGUUCUGAAGAUGGAUCUCUUUGGCACUGGGAUACUUCCACAGACAUAUCUGAAAAACCAUCUUUUCUCCAUCAAGGAGGAAGAAGUACCACCUAUUUUUCCCACAAUACCAUUAACCAGUCUGUAGUAAGUGCCUGGCUAAGCAACGAUCCUACCAAAGACCGCAUGGAAAUCACCAACUUAAUUCCAAAUCAGACUUUGUCUGUGAAUAGUUUAGACAUUUUAGGACCAUGCCUAGUAUAUGGUACUGAUGCAGAGGCUAUUUACGUGAACAGACAACUUUUUUCGUGAAAUGACUCCAGUAUCCUUUUGAAGUACUGAUCACCCUGAACUACAGGGAAAUGUCAGGUUCAUUGUUAAUGAUACUCAUUAGUCUGUUAUCAGCAUGUGGGGGAGAGGCCUACAGCUUGGUCCUGGUACUGCAGAAGAAAUGUAAGGUGCCUCAGAUUCUGACAGCUGUCACUCAUUCUUGAUGCUCCACGAUGGGUAAAUGAGCGAGCUUGCCUGUAAGCUUGCUUGAGUUUCUUCCCCAAUGCCUCUUUGGUUUUGGUAAGCAGGAAGGUAGUCGCUAGGGCAAGGUAUUUGCUGUAAAUCAAUGUCCACAAUACGCAUGCGCAUACAAAGUGAAGAAAAG